AUGGCCGCCCCUCGAAGGAAGCCAAUCCACGAGCAGCCGAAGCUCUGCGACCACAUCCUCAGUCGCGUUGCCAAGUCCGAGGUCUCCCUACGCAUCGGCCAAUCCCCGAUUCCCAAAGCCGGCAGUGGGCUGUUUGCUGUCAACGACAUUCCUGCUGGCACCGAGAUUUUCCGAUCCAGUCCGCUCAUCACGGUCGCCGAGUCCGUCUACAGAGGCAUUUGCGACUUUUGUUUCCUGAACAAGGCUUCAUCAGUCAAUCCCAAUGGCCGCUUCUACGGCAGCGCUGAAGACGAUGUCAGGCCGGAAAUCACGCGCUGCGGCGCCUGCAAGGUCGCAAGUUACUGCUCAAAGAAAUGCCAGACCAAGGCGUGGAAGAGCUACCACAAAUAUGAGUGCGCCGUACUGCGAGAGAAUCCAACCCUAAGCUCCUUGGACCAGGCACUGUGUCGCCUGCUCUUCUGGAUCAAGAAAAAGGUCAUCUCGGAAGAUGACAUGCGUGUGGUCGUGGAAUUGGAGACAGAGUUCGACGCCCAUAUGGAGCGCAUGCGCCAGGAGAGCGAUGAUGUGCCUGAUAUCGACCGGUCUCUGCAAGUUGCACAAAACCUGCACUCUGCUAUCAGCCCGGGCAUUAGUCUGAGCUUGUGUCGCCAACUCUUCUGCACGUUUGCCACAAAUGCUCUCACAAUCCGCCCUUCGGAGAUGGAGACCGGGUAUGGGACCUGCCUCGACCUGGUGGUGUCCCUCAUCAACCACUGCUGUGAUGAAAACGCCCAUGUCUUCUUCGAGGGACGAGAGCUGAGAUGCCGUGCCGUGAAAGACAUAGCAGCAGGAACAGAGAUCACCGUGUGCUAUCAAGAUGGUCGACAAGACGUCCUCCAUCGGCGCAGAACUCUGAAAGAACAGUUCUUCUUCACCUGCGACUGCAGCAAAUGCAAGUCCGAAAUGGCCGAGCAUGUCGCCGCUGCAGUCAAGCGCCAAAACCAUCUCGAGGUUCUCAGGAAGGCACAAGAUGAUCUGAAUCAACUCGAGCACAGAUCCACGUCAGCGUUUUACAGUUCAGGAAAAACCAUCCAGACCAUUAUGGUUUACCAGAGCAAGCUUCUUGACAUCGAGGAGAAGGUCUAUCAGGGUGGCAAUUGGCCUGACCACACCGAGCCGAUGCCUUCCGCGCUCCGCGCCUUGGGCUGCAUGUACUUGGAGCUCAAGUACAUUGUGGGUCUGGAGUUUGUUCUGAAGGGAACCUUCUAUACACGCACCCACGACGGUCCUCGUUGGGUGCUGGACCUUAUGGGUCUCGUCAAAUUCAUGAUUUUCUUGGCGCAAGACCGGGAAGAAUCGCUCAACUGGACUGGUUCUGGACCACCCCAGGUCCUCGGCGGCCGGCUCACCCUACGAGACGCCGCUAGGGGAUACAUCAUCCUAGUGUGCCUGAGUGGCAAGUUUACCUUUGGCGUCGACACGAAGUUCGUCCAGGCCUUGUACCAUUGGGCGGGGAACAUCACCGAGUGCCCUGGAGAUCCGGCCAUCGACACGAAAGCGUUCAACGAGCGCUUCAAGAAGUCUCAGGACAAGCUUCUGACUUGGGCUAAGAUGAAGACGAGCCGUGGCUUGGAGCUGCCUUCUAAGGAGAUCAUUGCUGGAUUCCGACGGGAUAUGGCAAUGUCAACGCUGGAGCUCGGUCAGCCCAAGACUGAGAAAAAGCCGAGCCUCUCUGUGUCAGGAUCCGCGACCAUGGCCAAGAUCGGGGACCUACCGGUCGAGCUGGUCGACUUCAUCACGGACCACCUGCGCCGAGUUAGCGAUCUUGCUGCUCUUGCUCGAACAAGUCACAAGUUUUAUGAUGUUGUGGAUCCGAUUCUGUACAAGUUUGCCAAGGAGAAUGUACCGAGGCACGUGGCAUGGCAUCCUCUACGGUGGUCGGCGGAAAACGGACAGACGGGGACACUCCAGAAGGCCCUUGCGGCUGGAAUCGAUGUCAACAUGGCGUUCGUUUCUACAACCUUUACGGCAGCCCGCGACUGGGAGAGCUUCCAGAUCAGAGUAGAGGCCGUGGAUGGGAAGGAGGUCUGGGAUCCGCCUCGGCUCGAACCCAACCAUGAGUGGGAGCCGCAUGAAGAUGACACGGACGAUGACGAUCUGCCGACAUCGACUUCCACAAUCGAUCCCAGGCGGUCCGGGUACUCUCCUCCUCCCAGACGCUAUGUCCAUUCACUCCACAUCCCAGUUAUAGAUGACGGCGAGGAUGGUUGGAAUGGUGUUGAUGAUUUCGAUCCUGAUAUGGACGAGUUCGACGAGGAGGCCGAAGCCGAUUUCUUGGACCAAUUCCACAACCCUUUCGUUGAUGAUUUCUGGUCAGAUGAUGCGACGGACGACGAUGACGAGGAUGAUUUCGAUGAGGAUGAGGACGAGGAUGAGGGUGGACAUGAGGAUGGCUUCGGACGCCACCCAGAUACGGAAGAUGAUCCCAGAGGAUCAUUCCGCGCCCUGCACCUCGCGGCAAGAGGCGGACAUGACAAUGUUGUGGGCAUACUGAUUGAUCACGGCGCCAGCAUCGACGUGUGUUCACGCCGACUCUGCAGGUGCGCAAACAUCAACUUCCAAGUGCCCCAGCCGACUCGUCACAACGGAGUGGAAGGUGGUGAGUUCUUUACCACACUCUACGAGGCUUGUGUUUUCGGCUGCUACGCUGAAGCCAUCAAGCUCAUCAAUCUUGGUGCCGAUGUCAACGGAGGCCGUUACGCGCUUAAUGUGCAGUACAGUUGGCCCCUUCACGCAGUCUGUGGGCCGCCCAAAUCGUUCCAUGACCCCCUUCGAACCCCCGCGAUGAGGAGCGCCUCGGCCUCUGCUAAGAACGGCGAGGAGCAACGCGUGGAGCUGAUCAAGCUCAUGCUGAGAUCAGGAGCCGAUCUCGAGGCCAAGACGUGCUACGACCAUGACUCGCCGCUUCAGUACGCGGCAACGCAUUGCGAUGUCGCCGUGCUUCAGGUACUUCUUGCCGAGGGUGCUGAUGUUGAAUCACAAAAUCUUGGGAUCACUCCUUUCGAGUCCGCGUUCCGCGGUGGACUUCUGGGAGUCUGCGACAUACUUGUGCGGCGCCGACAGUCGCCUCAGCCUUGGAAGCACGAAGACUUUGACAGGAUGAUCCUUGGAACCAUCCGUGACCGACCGCAUGACCUGGACGCCGUUGACCUCCUGCUUGACCUUGAUAUUAAUGGAACUCUGUUCAGCAAGUCGACCUAUUUGAUGAGGAUGAUAGAUGGCGGCCAUGUCAAAUUGGCAAGCAGAUACCUGGAGAGGGGUGCAGCACGGCCCCCCUUGAGCCCGAAAGACAAGCUCACCAUCCUCCAGGAGGGACUCGCUCGUAGCAACGAAGCAAUUGUGAAGCAGAUGCUGGCAGUCAAAGUCUCCGUUAAUUUCCCAGACAAAAAUGGCCACACCCCGCUCUACGUUGUACUGCAAGGCGGUCUUGGUCUUCCAGGGAAAGGAGAACUCGUCAAGGCACUUCUCAAUGCCGGUGCCGACAUGCAUUUCAGGCCGCCGUCGAGCACCGAUAUCAUGACACCUCUGGAGAAGGCUGUCAUGCUCCAGCAGCACGCUCUUGUUGAUAUUAUGCUCCAGCAUCAACCCCUUCGCAACAACCCCAAGGCGCCAAAAGGAGUCUAUCUCCACGCCGCGGCCCGUACCGUUCCGUCGAAGCGGAUGUUCAGCACCCUCAUCCGCUCCGGUGCCAGCGUGACGGAGCUAGACAGCAACGGCGACACCCCGCUUUCGGUCUUCCUCAAGUCUGUCGCCGACCAGCCACACUGGACGGCGCACACAAGAGGCGCGGCGAACCAGGUCUGCGCCACGGUGUGGUAUCUGUGGAACAAGAAGGUGGACAUCAACCUCAGAAAUAACAGCGGCAAGGCCAUUACCAGCUAUCUGACGGCGUUGCGGAUGUAUACUGGGGAUAAUCCGGCUCGGAAGCGGAUCGCCGAUGAGUUGCAGCUGUGUGUGGAGAUCGUGCCGGCUGAGGGCGCGGAUGGGGAGAAAGGGCUCAAGAUGUUGCGAUUCCGGCAUGGGCUCAUGGGACUGGGAAAUAUUGGGGGCCAUGGUGGCGGUGGGGGAACGAAGCCGCCAAUUCGCUUGUAA